UUUGCCAUUGUACAUACAAAAUACUAACAAGCGUUGCCGAGGCUGGUCGUUUGGCAAAGCAAGCAGUAAAGUUGUUUAAACAAAGUGAAGUUUAAGAAGUGUAAUAUGAAUAAUUUUACCACGGAACGUAAUAAUUUUACUCUCGAGCGCAACAAUUGUCGGCGUAAAUUGAUACUCAUGGUUAAACAACAUCCAAUUUUGUGGAAUAAAACUCAAGAAAACUACAAUAGAAAUCGGCCACUUAAAAUGCAUACAUGGAAACAGAUUUCCGAAGUACUUGGAAUAUCGGUUGAAAAAAUUCGCCGCACCUGGGAAAAUCUGCGUGAUCAAUAUAGGCGUGAUUUAAAGCGUGAGAUGAAAUAUGGCUUUAAAUCUAAAUGGCGUUUUUUCAAGGAUAUGGAUUUUAUACGUGAAAUGGUCACCUGUAAGGGACAAGUUAAUGAACUAACAGACUCGGAUUCGGAAAAUGAAAACAAUGAAGUACAACAAUAUUCGAAUUAUAGUUUUGAAAAUAUUGCAAAUAUGCCAGAGGCAACACAAAUGCCUAAUACAAUUCCAGUAACCAACUCAAAUAAUUUCCAACCCAUUAUAUUGACUAAGCAAUGGCAAAGUGGCAACAAUAUGCAUGAUGAAGCACAUCCUCAGGAAGAUUUUUCAUUUCCUACAUCCCCCAAUGCCAACUCACCUUUUCAUAGAAUUUCUCAAGAAAUUCCCCUACACUCCCAAAUGUAUGCAGACGUAACAGCCAAAAACUUUAAUUCUGCCAGAGAUAUGACAAAUCCUCCAGAGAUGGCCAAAAAAGAGGCUGACUCAGAUGUUGAAAUAGAAGCUGAAUAUAUGAUACCACAAAUGGAUUUACAAAGCAAACAGAAUGUUUCACUCAACAGUCGACCAAAGCAAUACGCCGCUUUAACGCCUAGUAGAUCUAAUGUGGGAUUCCAUCAAGAACCUUUGGUCACCACUACAAAUCUACAAAGACCGAAAGUGGUUAUUGAGGCAUCGUGCAGCAGCAAUACUAUGCUGAAAAACAACCCAUCCGCUGAUAUAACCAAUCCCAUGGAACUUAUAGCCUUGCUGGCCAAGAGGGAACCCCAAACAGACUCUGAUGUAGAAAUAGAAGCCGAAACCCUGAGAACACCGAAAACAACACCAUCCACUCCCAGCCAUGCAUCGACAAUGGCAAGACAACAUCAACAAGAAGCUCAAGUCUCUACUUCUGGUAUAAAACGACCCGUUAUUACUGUGGAGGAUGCAAGCCCUUUGGAAGCACCUGCUUGCAGCAGUGCUACCAACAGACGCAAGAAAAGUAAUGAGUCUGCUGAUUUGGAGGCCAAGGAUGAGGAUUAUUAUUUUGUCAUGAGUCUAUUGCCUUCGAUAAGGCAAAUUCCCCGCAACCGAAAAUUUGCCUUGAGAAUAGGUAUUAUGAAUUUAAUUGCCAAGGAUUUGGAGGAGGUGUGUAAAUGAGAUCGGAAGAAUAGGAAGGUACAGCGGGGUGACAAAACUUAGUUGCAAUUUUGAAUGAGACCGCAGGAAUAUGAAAUAACAGCGAGGUGUCUUGAAUGGAAAUGUAAAAAACAAAGUGAAUUAAUUACUUUUUAAACUCUUACUGUUAAGAAUUUUUCAAUAAGCAAAUGGACAUGGCUCAUACUUCUCAAUAUUGAAAAACCACGUCGCGUUAACGUUACGUUAAUCAGUAACUAUUUAUAUAUUUCUUAUAUUUAUAUUUCUUUAUUUCUACCUAAAAAUAUCAAAACAAAAAAGGAUCAUUAAGUAUCAGAAAAAGUGAUUGAAAAACAAAAAUUUUUACUUUGAAUCUUAUAUUUACGCUAUUUUACAAAAUAAAGAAGUUCCUCUAAAAAGCAACAAGUAAGAGUCUAAAGUUUAGACACUUAACCAGCCAUGUCCAAAAUCAAAAUGGAACUGGAUGUGUUAAAUACUCUCUUUAACCCUAGGAUGGCGAACAUUUUUUCUACAUUGUUGAGCGGACGUGGUCUGGCCAGAUCACAACUUAAAAAGAGCUGUAAUAUGUAAAUGUUUUUAUUUAAAACUUUAUUUUUCUUCGAAAAUGUUUUAAUAUUAACUCAUAUUUUAAUUUCAAUUGUUUAAAACGAUAACAAGGGAAAAGCAAACGAAAUUAUGGAGAUGGAUGUCAUAACAAUACACUCCGUGCAGAGUUUCACCCAAAUCGGGUAACAACUUAAGAUGCUAAUUCGAGAGAUCUGUUUCUGAAUCAAUCAGGUCCAAAUCUGAACCGAUAAGGCAAUCCCAAACGACCUUCUCCAGCAAGAAGUACAUGCGCAAAAUUUUAAGUGAAUAUCUUUAUUCGUUCGGCCGCUAUCGUGAUUUUCACCAUGCUAUUGAGGUGGAUAUUAAAGCAUAAAUAAAUAAAAAUAAAAUCUUUACUUAUACGAAUAAAUUUAUAUUUUCAAAUUAA